UCUCCCACUAAGAGCGCUGAUGGGCAUCGAGCAGUCACUCAGGGUAAAGAGGAGGUCCCCGCUAUACCGGAUAGACACACACACACACACACGGGACAGACAUCUCUGCGCAACUCAUCGUACACUCGCCAAGACACAGUCGGGUCUUCCAUACACACGCUUGAUUGGUCGCGGGGUGCCAGGACACUGUAGGACCCUGCUUGCUGAAAGAGUAACAAAGGAACCCCUCCCAAACCCCCAUCCACACGCCCUCAACAGACCUGGAAAUGGAUUCUGCGUUCUGGUACCUGUUUCUCCUCGUCCCAACAGACAGCUGGCUGCUCGUCUCAGCUCAAACUCCCAACGAUCCCGCAACCCAGACUGAGACAGCCUUCGGGACCAUUUCACUGAGCACACCUGCUCAAUCCACCACAGGUAAACAUUUCCUGACUGAGACCUCAACAUCAGUCUCAGAAGAUAAGAGGACAACAACUCCAGUGGUUCCAUUGUCUGUGACAUCACAAACCACUCCUCCUGCUCAGAAUGAACCUACAACAGCACCUGCAACCUCAGUAACUGAGGCUAAAUCCUCUACAUACUCACCCACAACCAAUAUCUCAGGUAAACAUUUCCUGACUGAGACCUCUACGUCAGUUCCAGAAGACAAAAGGACAACAAACCCAGGAAAUACCAGAUGCACAGAGACGACAUCAUAUCCUCCAGCAGGCACAAGCGCCUGUCAGCCUACCACGGGCACCACCACUGUCCGACCAGUGUCAACAGCAGCUGCAGGGUUACCCCCAAUGCCAGGAACUUCCUCCGCACAUCCCACAGGGUCUGAAGCUUCGUCCUCCCCCAGUCCCACUGCAGGAAACAGCCUGACCACUCUCGCCUUUGGGGUGAUGAGUUUUAUCCUCAUCCUGAUCGUUGUCAUGGUGGGUCUAGUCACAGCUAUCCACCUGAGAGGGCGAUGCAACAGUGCUAAAGAAGAAGGCAAAAAGAGUGGAGAUUCUGUGGUGUCUGAAAGCCAGCUAACAUCGAACGGGGAAAAGGAAAGCAUAACUUUGGUCUCUGUGAAGACGAUAAACACUGAAACCGAUACAGAUUCGCCUCAGGUCUCUUCGAUCCACAGCACCACGCUGGACAGUGAGGAGCAGGAACUACGCAGAGACCUGCUCAAUAUUAAGCAGGUGUAAAAGCCAUUUUGUCAAAAAACACGCCAAUCCUGAGGCAGCAACAAGGAACAAAAUGAACUGUGAUCAUUUUAUAUCAUUUUUAAUAAUUUUAUUUACUGAAAAAACAGUCAUCGACUUGCCAUUUUCUAUGCUCAUGAGUAUAUGUAAACAUGUAAACAUGUAAACAGCAGGGCUGUUUGUGUGUGUGUGUGUGUGUGUGUGUGUUUGAGAGUGCACAACACUGUGUGUUCUGACCAGAGGUGGAAAGUCCAGGGAUCAGAAUGCAAAAGUCCUGCCAUGUGUUUCUUCCACCCAUGAACUGAGCCAGCUUGAUUUCACUAAUCAGUUCUACCUCCUGGCCAUAGAAUUGUGCACAAUUCCUAACAUAAUUAUGGAACAAAAUACUGGGGAGGACUUUUACAUUGUGGAAUUGGAUUUUCCAUCUGUAGGCCAGACACUUCAUCGUGAAGCACCUCUUGUUCUGGGGACCCUCUCGCUCACAGGCUCUCCAUCUGCAUCAAACAGACAGACUGGUCUCCAGGUGAUAUUACUCUUGAGAACCUGCAGCUCUGUCACAAUAAAUAGAGGCGAGGCCUAAGGCAAUGGUUCCCGACCUUGGUCCUGGAGUACCCCUGUGAAUGCUGGUUUUUGUUUCAACCAGUUACAAUCCCAGAAUUUUAAAAAGUUGUUUUCUUAAU